AUAACUUGAUUUGAUUGGUUAAAUACUUGACACGUGUUUUUGUUUAUAAUGGCAGCUUCCAAAACUAGGCCAGGUAAUCCUGAGAGAGGCUGGAAUGACCCACCCAUGUUUAACUAUAAUACUGAACAGGAGGGAGCAGCACCCCCAAAGAGAACAUUAAACAAGAGGGUAGCCUUUCCUGUGUCGGGGAACACUGAUAGCCCAACUCCAGGUCAUGCAGUUUUGAAUCCGAGCCAAGGUCCUCCCAUUUUGAAUGCAGUCUUACCAGCCGAUCUUCAAGGACCGCCUCUUCUUCCAACACAGCCACCAAUACCUAUUGGACUCAGAGACACGCCCCUUGGUAACCAGGCAGCACCUCAGAGUCCAAUACAGCUGCUACCACCAACUGCUGAUACAUCUACACCUCAGACGGUUCCAAUCCUCGUUCCCUUGCUGAUACCUUCCUCACCUCCAAAAACAGAAGAGCAGGUACCAGAAGCUAUUCAGUUAGAGAAUGAAAGACUGGAAGAACUUAUGUCGCGGCUUUCAUUUAAUGAUGAUUCUGAACUGUUGCAGCUGAAUCUAAAUAAUUUUGACAGUGUUCUUGACCUGUACAGGAAUAUUUUAACGAUUAAAGUCUGUGAUGAAAUAAAGAAGAAACUAGAAGUUUUGGAGGAGAAAUGGAGGAAAGGCUGUCUUAGUGAUACUGUUAAAGUUAGAUUGACCCAACUUUCAAUAGCACUGUUGAAUGGUGAGACAGAUAAAGCAAAUCAUCUUCAUCUGGCACUAAUGGUUGAUCAUAUAACAGAGGUUAACCAGUGGAUGAUGGGUGUGAAACGUCUCCUCCAGCAGCAACAACUUGCCAACAAGGAGAAAGAAAUUAUUUCGGAAAAUAAAGAAAUGAGCAAUACGCAAUUGUCUUCAAGUGAUAAAAACUCAGAUGAAAACAAUUUAGCUGAUGAUCAGUCAGAAAGUGUCCUUUCUACUGAAUCUGAUCAGAAUAAAGAUUCUUAAAAAAAAUUGUUGCCAUCUAGAAGGCGAGAUUACUGUAAAUGAUGUGAUGGGAGGUACCUCUUGUCAGCUUUUUGUGAUAAAUUUAGAGAUUUAGAAGGCAGCAAAUAUUGCCUAGAGAGAAUACUGCAUUGUUGGCUUGACGGAUUUUGGUAUGAAAAAAAAGUGAUAAAAAAUUUUGGUGCAAGUUUUUGUGAAUUUAAAUUUAUUGAUGGUGUGUAUAUGUUAUAUUAUGUGUACAAAUUCAUUUGUUGUUCUAUGAUAAGCUAGUCUUAAGAUAUCCAUUUAUUUGUUAUAGUUUAAUGGUUUGUUAAUUUAGUUAUACAUUUUGCUUUUACAUGACAUAGGUUGAAAUCCAAAACA